AUGAAGCGCGCGGGCCCCCGGGAAUGCUGUGUUCCUGUCCUUGUCUUGGCUUGCGGGCUUGUCUCCACAUCCGCUGGCUGGCCAAUGCGUCGGAGUUGGUGCGACUCUACUGAGAACGGCAUCUGUGUUAUAACCACAAAUAGGACCGUGUCGAGGCCGUUCCAACUGCGGCAUAAAGGGGACGUGGAGUUCCGUGGUGCACAGUGGCAGUGCGUGAUCUCGAAAGGUUCGUACGAGUCGUUGCACAUCGACAUAGCUGUCGAUGGCAAGCUCAGCCUCAGGAAGGGCUCCCUCCUGCACUGCGCGACGAUCGUGCUGGAGGCAGUCAAGAUCGAGCUCUCCGACAGCUCUGAGGUGAGCGCCAACGGGACAGCCUUCGGCAGCGAGCCCGCGAUCGAGAAGGACCCGCUGGGCUGGAGCGGGGUCCGCCGGGGAGCCUCGCACGGUGGCCUCGGCGGGUCUGGUCCCGGGUGCGCCAGCGACGACACCCUGCUGCUGCGUCGCCUGUCCCUCGCCUACGGCAGCCUGCUGGCGCCGUGGUCCAUGGGCCGUGCUGGCGUGGCGGCAGCGCGCGGCCUGGGUGGCGGCCGCGUCCGCGUGGCCGCCCAGGAGCUCACGCUGAAUGGCACAGUGUCCGCCGCCGGCGUCGGCCCAGAGAACAUCGGCGACGACGAGGAGAGGGACGAUACUGCCGCGGGCUCCGGCGGCUCUAUCUGGAUCACCUGCAGAUCCCUGGUGCAGCUCACCAGCCAGGGCAACGCCACCAGCAACACCACUCCGCCCAUCUUGCUGCGCUCGGGCUCUGGGCGUAUCGUCGCCACGGGUGGUAGCUGCGCGGGCUGCCUCUGCGGCGGUGGCGGCCGCGUCGUGACGGAGUUCGCGCACGGGACAGCCCCGCGCCAUGUGCUGGUCUCUGGAGGCUGCUGGCGGUCCACCACGGCUCUGGCGCACGAGAGCACAGUCUACCACCACGCGGCGCCGCUGUCGGAGUGCGCGUGCGGCUCCGCCGGCACCUGGGUGCUGCGGAAGCAGAGCGGGUCCCGCCGCUCGAGGAGCCCCGGGCUGCCGAGCGCGCGCGGCCUGCCGCGGGGCCUGCAGCACCGGAAGAUCCUGAAGAGCCAGGGCCAGAGCGAGGGCGACACCGUGUUCGUGGACAACUCGCACGCCGUGAGCCUGGCGGGCUCCAAGCUCUCCCAGCCCACCCCGCUCGCCAUGAACUUCGGCAGGCCAGUGGCGCUGCAGCUCCACGACGCCGUGGUGGUGCCUUCGGAGGAGAGGCCGCAGUGGAACCUGACCAGUCUGCGACUCGUCUCAGAGACCAUCGGGUCGAUACUUCGGCAUUUGGCACCGUCCCCGCUAGUGCUCAAGUUCGCCAAGCCGAACGAGGGAGUCGAACUGGCGCUGUCCUCCAUCCUGCAGGCGAACGAGCUCCAGAUCACCGGAGCACAGGAGGUCGUCCUCCAGCAGAACGCCGCCAUCGACGCCGCCGUGGCCAGCAUCUCGGCGAGGGAGGUGAUCGACACCCACAGGGGAGCCCUGGGCCAGGGGGGCGGCGUUUUCGGCCUCCACGCGAGGCGCGUGGUGCUCGGAGGAGGACGGUUGCGAAGGGCCUGGAUAUCGGCCAGGGAGGCGCUGACGGUGAAGCGCGGCAGUCGCUUGCUCACGAGCCACCGGCGGUGCGACCAGCUGCGCGCCCCGCCGCAGGACCCCUGCGAGAGGCAGCUCAAGUCGCGGUCCUGGACCCCCGGGGAGGCGGCGCCCCUGCUGGGAAACCAGUCCGGGCUCCAGAACGUGACCUUCGACAUCGUGCUCGUCGCCACGAACGGCUCCAUCACCGUGGAGGGGGACGCGGAGGUGCACGCGGCCGCGCUCCUGCUCUGCGCCACGGCCAACCUAACCGUGGGCGGGCUCGUCAGCGCCCGCGGCCUGGGCUGCCCCCCGAACCGCGGCGAGUCGGCGGGCGCCGCCCCAGAGGUCAGCGAGCACGGGCGCCGGGAUCCACUCUGCGGAGGCGGGGGCGGGGCGCACUGCGGCCACGGCGGCGACGGCGUGCAGAGCGGCGCGCCGCACGCCCCGUGCCUGGGGACCGGGGGCCAGAAGUACGACGGCUGGUGGUCGCGGGAGCAGCGCGGGGGCGCGGGGGAGCUGCUGCAGCUGGCCGGGUGCCGCCCCGGCCAGGAGGGCAUCUUCUGCGCGGAGUGCGCCCCCGGCUUCUUCAACCCGGAGAAGGAGCCUAAUGGCACGGAGGCUGUCUACAGGGUCUGCGUCCCCUGCACGAAUAAGCCGGCGCACGCGAACUAUACCGCAAAGGGCUGGUUGAACGAGUCUUGCCCCUACGUGUGCCCUGGCGGCUACCCACCGGUGGAGGUCAAUCCGAAUUGCGAUGAUCCUUGGACGUACUAUUUUGCUUUUUUCGGGGGAAUCCGUGGUGCCUCUGUCUUCACAAUCAGCAUGAUAUCUUUCUUCGGGCUCUCGGUGUCAGCCUCUCGUGUCCGACGGAGGAAGCGGCUGCAGUGGUUGCGAAAGCACCAGCAAGGCAGCCACCAAUUCCACGGCCUGGCCGACGAGAUGUUGUUAUUGUUUGAAUCGGUACGUGGGCCGCAUCCUCUGGCAGACAUGCACCGGUGGAGCCAAGAGCGCUCGCAUUACAGACCGGAGCGCUCGCUGACAGGCCGCUUCGGCUUCAUAGAGCGGUGGGUGAGACCGCUCCUGCCGACGCUCAUGAGGAGGACGCACAGCCAGACCCAUCUGCUCAGUGUCGGCGAUCUCCCAUACCACAUCGGGCGGAUUUAUCUGCUUGGAGAGAACAGUCCGAAAGACCCUUGGCGGCUGUGCAGGCAGCCGCCAGACGCCCUGAAGCACCUGAUCGACCCUGCGCGUUGGGAGGCUUUCGCGGCACACGUGACGGAGAGAUGCCAACAUAAGAUACGCAGCCAAAAAGUGGUAGAAGGUGUGCUCAGCUGUGGGGGCGGCUGA